AUGUCGAGUGAUGAUAAAAGCAAAUCUGGUGAACAAAAGACUGAGCCCAAGUGUGAACAAAAGUGUGAACAAAAGUGUGAGCCCAAAUGUCAGCCCAGUUGUUUAAAGAAGCUGUUGCAACUGUGCUCUGACAAGUGCCCACGCGACAAGUGUCCAUCACCAUGCACACCAAAGUGCCCUCCUCCAUGCCCCCCUCCAUGCCCCCCUCCAUGCCCCCCUCCAUGCCCCCCUCCAUGCCCUCCCCCCAAGCUCUGUGCCAAGCCCUGUCCUUCUAAAUGUCCCUCUCCUUGCCCACCCCCGGAGUGA